GACUGAAAUUCAACAAAUUCGAUUCGUUAGUUUUCAAACGGAUAUCUUAAUAACAGGGGGAUAAUUUAGUAGGAAUUUAAAAAUCUGGUUUUGACUCUCACAUAAGACGGAGCUGAGUAGGCUGGCUUGGAAUAAUAUUGAGCUGAAGCGACAGUGAAAAACAGAGCGAGAAUCGUGACCUGUAUAGCAUGAAAGAAAGAAAGAAAAAUUUAGAUUGGUUAUUUCAUCCGAAAAUCAAUUAACACUUGAAAUUAUUACCUUAUUCAUGCUGACUCGAGAAGUUGUACUAAGCAAGAAAGAUGUAAAUGACUAACUGAUGCAUUUGACUUACCAUUGGCUCUCUUUAUAUACUAAAAAGUGCCACGAAUGUUCCCGCGUUGAAUAUAAGCGAAUACCGUAGAAAUACGUCUGAUGCGAUAGCAAUGUCUAACUAGUAUGUGUGUGGCUAUCCGAAAAAGGGCGUUAGAAAACGAAAACGCAUGAGCGGGGAAAGUGAAUCUAAAUUCCGGUUUUCUUUCCCUCCCCACGUGAACGAGUUCCGUUACACAAUUUAUUACAUCACGAUCAGCAACAAAGUUGUUCUUGUAGUAGUUUAGUGAACAGAAAACAAAAAUUUUUAAAUAUAAAUGUCGAAAUUGAAAUGAAACUGAAUGCCGUAGAAAACCCUGUGAUCGUGAUUUGAUAUGCCGAGGCAUGAGUAUAACAUUUGUUUUUGUAAGAUAAAAACUCGCUAUAGAAAGAAUGAAUUCACUUUCCCUCUUUUUUAACGCCCUGUAAGCUGCAUUAGUCGUGAGUAUCUCUUAUUCACUAAUAAGUAGUAGAGUAGCCUAUGUAGAGAUAAUCAUUACGUUUAUAAUUGUAAAGUACAGUGUAUAAAAGGGACACUGAGAUUUGAAAACAGUAUCAGUUGCUCAAUUGUCUCAAUCCUCCCAACAACUCCUCAACAUUUCAACAUGAAGAUCGCAGUUUUCGCACUUUUCUUGGCCGUCGCUUCUGCUCAAUACUAUUCGGAGCCGUCUUAUUACAAGACUCCCGAAUCUUACUCUCCUAUGCCCUACAACUUUGCAUGGGGCGUUAAGGACGAUGCUUCGUACAACAACUAUGCGCAUUCUGAGAGCAGCGACGGAAAUGUAGUCACCGGAUCGUACCGAGUCGCCCUGCCGGACGGUCGCACCCAAAUCGUCUACUACAGGGCUGACAGCAACGGAUACGUGGCGGACGUAAAGUACGAAGGCGAGGCUAGAUACCCCGAAAACAAGCCAUCCUACUCUUCCUAUUCGGCCCCGGCCUACAAAGCCCCGUCUACACCAGUCUACAGGGCCCCAGCCGCUCCUGUCUACGUCGCUCCUCGUGCUCCUACUUAUGGAUCUGUUUCAGCGCCUUCCUAUGGAUCGGUUUCUGCACCGGCCUACAGAGCACCUUCCGCUCCUUCUUACGUUGCUCCUCGUGCUCCAGCAGCUUCCGCCUACCAAUCACCCACUCCUGUCUACAGAGGUUCUUCUGCCGCGCAAGGAUAUACGACUCAGCCAGUGCCCCUCGCCUACCGAGGCUAAGAAAAUCUGAUAUAGUCAAGCUGCACUGGUAUCUACUUAAAAACUGCAUACUCGUGACCUCUACAUGUUGAGGUAGAAGUCUAUGGAGUAUCAGUUAUAUGACCAAUGUAUAUCAUCGCAAAAUAUGUAAAUGAUAAUAUUUAACGAGCAGAGAUUUAUUUUAUCACA